AUGGCGACCACCGCUCUGGAAGCUUCGAAAAACACCACGACAGUAAUAUCUGUGGUAUCAGAAAACCCUGAUAUGGACGAAAUCGUGACAUUAUUACAGAAGGACGAGUUUCUCAUCGAAUGGCAGGGCCCCAGCGACAAGGGUAACCCGCAAAAUCUGCCCAUUUGGCGGAAAUGGCUCAUCACCAUGACUUUGGCACUGCUGGUCUUGACCACAACAUUUUCAUCUGCUGUAUUCAGCGUUGCGGCGAAUGCGAUCUCACAAGAGUACGGUGUGGCUGUCGAGACCGCGGUCUUUGGUGGUACAUCGCUCUUCAUGCUGGGGUUUGCUGUUGGCCCCAUAAUAUUUGGCACUUUCAAGGCCACUUUCUGA